AAUUAAUCCAUCCAUAUAGUGCAAUGUUCCUUUCCUUCCUUGUUUCCUAUAUAAAUAACGGGCUUUGUCGCAACGCAAUUGGAGAUGCUAAAAUCAUCAUCUCGAUCAUUUCAAUCACCCUAAGAUCGCCAAUUUCAACACUCUAUUUCUUCCAAUACGAAAGAGAGUAAACAAUGUCAGAGGCUAAUAAUGUUGAAGAUGUGAAGAAACAAGAAGUUCAUGAAGAUUCUUCUAACAAUCAAGCUUCUGAUAAAGAUGCAAAUAAUGAAUCAAUGCCCUCACCUCAACAAGAGGAAGAUGCUGUCAGGAAAAAGUAUGGAGGGAAAUUACCAAAGAAGGCUCCACUGAUAUCCAAGGAUCAUGAACGUGCUUAUUUUGAUUCUGCUGAUUGGGCUUUGGGAAAGCAAGGAGCACAAAAGCCUAAAGGACCACUUGAAGCACUCCGUCCAAAGUUGCAGCCAACACAUCAGCAGACCCGAUCAAGGCGCUCAGCUUAUGCUCCAGCAGAUGGUUCUGAAGUUGACGGUGAUAAUGCGGAGUUAGAGGAUCCAAGUGCUAGUGAAGAUGUUAGCGGCAAUAAAAGCGAUGCUGCUCAAGACCAAAAGCAGCCAUAAGUCGCUAUGGAUUUGAGCUAUAAAUUGCAUUUUGAUACUGGUGCUUUCUUCUCCGAAUUUACAAGGAAAUGAUGAUCAUAUUAGAGUUGAUUGUGCUAAUAACUAGAAGUGGGAGUUUUGAAGCAUUGUAACCAUGAAUUUCAUGAUGUGCCAGGAUUGCACAGUGAGAGGUCUUGAACUACUGUGCCAGUUGUAAAAUUUGAUAUUUCUCACAAAAUAUAAUCAUCUAUAAUAAGAUUGGAUACUUAACAGUAAUAUGUUCGCAAUCAA